UAAGCGACGUCGUCCCUGUCUCCCCCCUGCAGGCCUCCGCAGGCCGUCGUCACCGCCAGGGGCAAUGAAGCCCAGUCGGCGCGGCGGCACCACCGGCGUCACGCUCCCGGCCGCGCUGGCGAUUGUCGCCGUCCUCCUGCCCUUGUGCUCCACCGCCGUCGCCACGCCGUUCUCGCCCGACGUGGAGCUGCAGAAGAUGGUGCUGGAGCCGAACUCGGGCGCGCUCAUCGUGGCCGGCGACAACACCCUGUUCCGGCUGGCGCCCGACCUGAGCGUGGAGCACACGGAGGAACUCUGCUGCUCGUCCUCCUCCUCCGCCGCCGCCGCCGCCGCCUGCCCCAGCAUCACCUGUUCCGGCGGCGCUUCCGGCCAGCCCUGUCGCAACCCCGUGAUGUUGCUGACGCUGCUGCCCGGCGCCGCCGAGCAGCUGGUGGUGUGCGGCAACGCGACGUGCGGGCCGCUGGAGGCGGGCGCCUGCGAGGUGCGCUCGUCCGCCAACCUGUCGCGGGCGCUCCACUCCAGCGCCAAGUACUGCAACUACAGGUACACAAAGGUGGCCGGCGAGCAGAGCGCCGCGGUGGCGGUGGCGGCGCCCGGCGGCGGCGCGGGGCACGUCCUCUACGUGGGCCUGGGCCACGCCAACUCGUUCAGGGGCCACCCGCUGUCCAUGCAGGACUUGACGGGCAACGUGCUGUGCAGGAUGGACCACGCGUCCAUGGCGCUGUGCAACCCGUACGGGCUGUACGAGCACCUGUUCGUGGCGGCCUUGGCCACCGAGAGCCACGCCUUCUUCGUGUUCCAGCGGAGGAACGGCACGAGUAAGGCGGUCGCCGGCGCGAGCCACCCGUACCUCACCUACGUGGGCCGCCUGUGCCUCAACGACGUCAACUACUACUCCUACGUGGAGGUGCCCGUGCGGUGCGAGGCCCGACCCGGCGGCGGGCCCGAGAGGCUCGCGAGCGCCGCGUGGCUCGGCGAGCCGGGGGCCGCCCUGGCGGGAGGGGGGGCGACGCUGGUGGUCGCGUUCGUCGACGCGGGUGGCAGGAAGCGCUCGGCGCUGUGCGCCUUCCCGCUGAGCGCCCUCGACGCCAAGAUCGACGAGACAAGGCAGGCGUGCUACACCAAGCAGAGCCCCAAGAGCAACAACGACGUGUACCUCCCGUACCGCGAGAACGAGGGCGAAGACUGCACCGCCAACACGCCGGCGCACAACGUGGCACAGUGGCCGUGCGGGAGUGACCACCUGACCAAGAUCCUGGCGAGCCGCUCGGGGGUGUCACGGCGCCCGCUGCUCGAGCUCAACGUCACGCUGCUCUCCUCCGUCGCCGUGACGACCGAGAAUGGCCACACCGUCGCCUUCCUGGGCGACCACGACGGUUUCGUGCACAAGGCGUACCUGGGCCAGGGUGAGACGUCCCGUGUCUACGGGAAAGUCAAGGUCGGCUCUGGCCAGCGCGACCCCAUCAACAAAGACUCGGUGCUGGACCCCAAGGGGCAGCACCUCUACGUGUUGAACACGCGCGAGGUGCAUCGAGUGCCCGUGCAGCGCUGCGGAGCCAACAGAAACUGCCAAGACUGCCUGGCGUUGGACGACCCGUACUGCGGCUGGUGUGUGCUGCAGGGCAGGUGCUCGCGCAAGACCGAGUGCGAGCGGGGAACCGAGCCCGGCUGCUGGGUGCAGACCUACGAGCGCACGAGCUGCCCCACCAUCGCCUCCGCCAGUCCCCACAGCCUCAGCAUCAAGCUGCCACCCAUGUCGGUGACGCUGCACGUGCCGGCGCUCCCGGCGCUGCACGAGGGGGAGCGGCUCACGUGCCACUUCGACGCGUUCGAGUCGCCCGCGACGGUGGCGGGCGCCGACGUGACGUGCGCCCAGUCCCUGCCGCUCGACGCCAUCCCGGCCAUCCCGCCCAACAGCGACCACGUGGACGUGCGUGUGGAUGUUCGCUACGGGGAGGUGAGCGUGGCGCUCGCUCUGCUGCCGUUCUACGACUGCGAGCGGGUGGUGCGGGACGACGCGACGAGCCCGUGCGCUCACUGCGUCACGAGGCACUGGACGUGCAGCUGGUGCCCUAUGGAGUUCAAGUGCACGCACGAGCGCCAGUGUACUUCCGCCCACACGGUGACGAACAGCGACGAUUGCCCUGCGAUCGACAAGGUGCUGCACUCCCUGGUGCCCACGGGGGUUCCUCGCCACGUCCGCAUGACCGCUCGCAACCUCCACCUGCUGGACCACGUGAAGGAGGUCACCUGCACCGUGCUGGUGGAGGGUCGCACCGUCACCAGCCUCGGCAGCGUCGACGACACCGGCGCGGUGACGUGCGAUGCCCAGACCUACGAGUACCACACGGAGAGCAUGGAGUACCAGGCGGAGGUGUGGCUGGAGCUCAGCAAAGGUCACCGCCUUGACAACCAGCAGCGGCACAACGUGACGCUGUACGACUGCUCCAAGGUGCAGACGGACUGCAGCGAGUGCGCGGUCUCGGACGCGCGCUACGGCUGCUUGUGGUGCGCCCACUCGUGCCGCUACAACGAGAGCUGUGCCACCGUCUCCCCCGAGUGUCCGGGGCCCUUGGUGAAAUCGAUAGAGCCACACACGGGCGUGCUGGAGGGCGGCACCAUCCUCACCGUGCACGGCUCCGACCUCGGACGCUCUUUUGAAGAGGUGGUGUCAGUACUGGUUGGGAGCAAGCCGUGUGUGCCGCUGCAAGACCUCUACAGAGUCUCCAAGAGAAUCGUGUGCACGACAGGCAGUGCGGACAUCGUCGGCGAUGUGGCGGUGGUGGUGGAGAUCGCCAAUCGAGCGCCGGCCUCGUUCGAGCACUUUACGUACCAGAGUCCCUUCAUCACGAAGCUGGAACCGAGUGAGGGACCGGUAGAGGGAGGAACCCGCAUCACCAUCUUCGGGAAGCACCUGCUGACGGGAAACCGGGAACUCAUCGCCGCCUUCAUCGGGGACAGCCCGUGCAGCGAUCUGCGCAUGGUAGGGGUGGAGGAGGACGCGACCCUCGAGUGUUCCACGCCCAAGGUGCAGGAGAAGGUCUCCGCCGCCGUCAGCCUGCGCUACGGCGGCACCAGCGUCUCCAACGCCAGCGCCAAGGUCUUCGAGUACAAAGAAAACCCAAUCAUCAACGACUUCAACCCAAAAAGCAGCUUCUAUGGGGGUGGCCGCGUGAUCACGGUGAGCGGCUCGAAGCUGAACACGGCGCUCAAGAUGUCCAUGGAGGUGGAGGUGCAGCUUCCACGCCGGCGGCGCUCCCUGCACCCCUCCACAAUCUCGAGUCCCUGCGAGUUCCGCUCGGCGGACGAGGCCCUGUGCCCCUCGCCCACCGUGCCGGACGGCUCGACGAUGCUCCGCGCCUGGUUCCAGCUGGACGGUUUCCGCAGCGACGUCACGUCGCACCUGACGUACGAGGAGAACCCCCUGCUGUGCCGGCCUGGCACCGCGCCCUACGUCAUCAACGGGCACAACAUUCUCACCAUCAAGGGCAAGAACCUGAACAAGGCCAUGGAUAAGGAGGAGGUGGAGGUGACCAUCGGUGAGGAGCAGUGCAAGGUGGAGAUGAUGGACAGCUCCUCCCUCUACUGCAAGCCCCCGCUCACCCAGCCCAGCGCCAGGGCCGGAGGCGACGAGGCUGGCUAUGGGCAGGAGGAGAUUAUCGACCGAUCUCUGAACUGCACGUUGGCCACUUCCUCCACCUCCCGGCGGCGCCAGCGUCGAGACGGUGACGGCGACCUCCCCCAGCUCAUAGUGCACAUGGGCGUUCUGCGCUUCCCGCUGGGCCGCGUGCGCUACUCGACGGGCGACGGUCCGCUCUCCAAGUGGGCCAUCGCCGGCAUUGCCGUGGGCCUCCUCAUCCUGCUGCUCGCCAUCACCGCCCUCAUCCUCCUCCUCCGACACAACGCCAACCGUGAAAAGGAGAAGAUCCUCAUGGAGAUGACCAGAAUGGAGGACAAAGUGCGGGACAUGGUGCGGCGUGAGUUCGCAGACCUCGUGACGGACAUGUCGGACCUCGACGUGCUGGUGGACGAGACGGGCAUCCCCUUCCUGGAGUACCACCGCUACGUGGAGCGCAUCUUCUUCCCGGGGCAGCAGCAGCUGCUGUGCGAGGGGGCGCCUCCCGUGUCGCCCUCGUGGGACGCGGCGCUCACGGGCUUCCACAACCUCCUCAACAGCAAGCUCUUCCUCAUCAAGUUCAUCCAGACGCUGGAGAUGCAGCAUGGCGGCGUGAGCCAGGCCCACUGUGGGCGUAUCGCGUCGCUCGUCACCGUGGUGCUGCACGACAAGCUGGAAUACUACACCGACAUUCUCAAGACCCAGCUCAUCGCCAUCAUCGACCACGACGUCGAGACAAAGCCCAAGCUGCUCUUCCGCCGGACGACGACGGUGGCAGAGAAGAUGCUGACGAACUGGAUGUCGAUCUGCCUCUACACGCACCUGCGGGAGACGGGAGGCAAGCCGCUCUACAUGCUGUUCAAGGCCAUCAAGUACCACGUGGACAAGGGCCCCGUGGAUGCGCUCAUGCACAAGGCCAAGUUCACGCUGGACGAGAACUCGCUGCUCAAGAACAACAUCGAGCACAAGGAGCUGACCCUGAAGGUGAACCUGGAGGAGAUGUUUGCGGCCAACGGCGCGGUAGGGGAGGCGCCGGUGGCCACGGAGGCCGAGGUUCGAGUCCUCGACUGCGACACAGUCACCCAGGUGAAGGAGAAGAUCCUGGACCAUGUGUACCGCAGCGUGGGACACUCACAGCGGCCAAGCGCGAGCGGCCUGGAGAUCGAGCUGUGCUCGCAGAGGGGCGGAGGCAGCGGGCUCACGCUGUCCGACGAGGACAACACCUCGGAGUUGGAGGCCGGCGUCCGGCGGCUCAACACGCUGAGCCACUACAAGAUGUGGGACGGCAGCACGGUGAUGCUGGUACCGCGCAGUCAGAGGCACGUCAAGCCGUACAACCAGUACCACGACAGGCACUUGGCGGGCGAACGCACGUCGAUGCUGCGUCACAACGAGGAGGACGGUCUCGUGCCCUACCACCUCAUCAAGGCCACGGACGAGGACGAGGUGGACAAGAAACAGAGGCUGGUCAAGGAGCACGACCACGUGAUGGCCAUCCCGGAGAUUUACCUGACACGCCUCCUCACCGUCAAGACGGCGCUGCAGGAGAUGGUGGAGCGCGUGUUCCGGGGCAUCCUGAGCACGGACUGCGCCGUGCCGCACGGGGUGAAGUACUUCCUGGACUUCCUGGACGCGCAGGCCGAGCGCUACGACGUCAACAGCGACGUCCUGCGCAUCUGGAAGAGCAACUGCUUGCUGCUGCGGUUCUGGACGCUGCUGCUGAAGGACCCGCAGCUGGUGUUCGACGUGGAGGUGUCGGAGGUGGUGCGCUCCUCGCUCGACAUCAUCUCGCAGACCUUCAUGGACGCCUGCUCGCCGGAGGUCUACAAGAUCACCAAGGAAGCCCCCACGCGCCGCCUCCUCUUCGCCAAGGAGCUGCCGCAGUUCCGCAAGAUGGUGGAGAAGUACUAUGACGACGUGGCGCAGAUGGUGCCCGUGAGCGACCAGGACAUGAACUCGUGGCUCAACAGGCAGUCCUGCACGUACACGAGCGAGCUGGACAUGCGCGGGGCUCUGUACGAGCUGUACAAGUACGCGGACAAGUACUACGAGAAGAUCGCGGAGGCUCUGAAGGAGGACGCCACGGGGCAGCUCGCCGACCGGUUCCGCACGGCGAUGCGCGACAACCCGCCCAGCGGGCACUGACGCCGCCGCCGCCGCCACCGCCGCCCGCAC